AUUCCACCUUGGCAAUGUUGUAGGUCACAGUCUGUACGCCGGGCUGGAAGUACAAACUUCCAGCCAUCAAACAGCGGAAUUCCCGCCGCGAGCAUCUGCAGGACGCCUCCCUGCUUUAUGAAGUCCAGGCAGGAGCGCUUCGCAGCGCAGGAGAGGCGCACGGUGCCGCCGCAACCACCGGGACCGGCGCUGGGCUGGGGCCGCCCGCGCCUGCGCGGCCCCGUCCCGGGAGAAUCCCGGGCUGUCCCGGGAGCGGCACGGCACGGGAAGGGGGCGGCGGCGGCGGCGCCUGCGCCCAGCGCUGUCUCGAGUGGCGGGGAUGCUGCGCGCCGGGCUGGGAAGAAGGAGCCGAUGUUGCGGAGGGCUCUGGAGGAGCCCGCGCCCCGGAGCUGCCGGCGGCAGUGCCAGAGCCCGGAGCGCUGCCGCUGCCUCCCCUUCCCCGGGCAGCGGCGGCGGGGCGCGGAGCGGGGGCGCUCCCCCGGCAGGUACUAGUAAUGUAAAGCCAUUGGAUGGUGUGAAAAUUCUUGAUUUAACAAGGGUUCUUGCAGGACCAUUUGCCACAAUGAAUUUGGGAGAUCUAGGGGCUGAAGUUAUCAAAGUGGAAAGACCAGGAGCUGGUGAUGACACAAGAGCCUGGGGCCCACCUUUUCUUGGGACAGAAAGUGUUUAUUUUCUCAGUGUCAAUAGAAAUAAAAAGAGUAUAGCCAUCAACAUGAAGGAUUCAAGAGGAGUAAAGCUAAUCAAAGAGCUUGCAGCAGCAUCUGAUGUUUUUGUGGAAAACUUUGUCCCUGGGAAACUGGCUGAAAUGGGUCUAGGUUAUGAAGACAUUAAAAAGAUUGCUCCUCACAUAGUGUACUGUUCAAUAUCAGGUUAUGGUCAGACUGGUCCAGUGGUUCAGAGAGGUGGAUAUGACUCCGUUGCUGCUGCUGUUUCUGGUCUCAUGCAUAUCACAGGGCAUGAGGAUGGUGAGCCAGUUAGAUCAGGAGUAGCAAUGACAGACCUUGCUACUGGUCUGUAUACAUAUGGAGCAAUUAUGGCUGGUUUACUUCAGAGGUAUAAGACAGGAAAAGGAUUAUACAUUGACUGCAAUCUCCUGUCAACUCAGGUUGCAUGUCUCACUCAUGUAGCAGCUAAUUAUCUUAAUUGCAAAAUUGAAGGAAAACGCUGGGGUACUGCUCAUGGAAGUAUUGUUCCAUAUCAGGCAUUUAAGACCAAGGAUGGCUACAUUGUGGUGGGAGCUGGAAAUGAUCAUCAGUUUGCCACUGUGUGCAAGAUCCUGAAUUUGCCUGAAGUUAGUAAAGAUUCCAGAUACAAAACUAAUACACUCAGAGUCCAGAACAGAAAAGAACUUAUUGACAUAUUAUCAACCCGGUUUUCAGAAAAAGCGACAGUCGAGUGGUUGCAACUCUUUGAAGGGAGUGGGGUUCCAUAUGGCCCAAUCAACAACAUGCAGCAAGUGUUCUCAGAUCCUCAGGGAUUAAGAUUGGGCUUUGAAGAACAUACAGCAAGAGUAUUUUACUCAGACUUGGCUCUACUUGGGACAACAUUGGAAAAAUAUUCUGUGCUUUUUUUGAUGCUGUGAACUUUAAGAAGUAGAGUCUACUCUGAAAGAGACUGUUUUUAAAACAUUAUAUGUCAUGGGCUAUUACCUCCCAAAUUGGAAAGAGGUUAUCUUGGCUACCUUGCUCUUGUUAGAAUUCACCUAAAUAACAUUUUCAUGUACAUAUUAUUAUAAUUAUAUGUGUUAUUUAUAUCUAUGUGUCAGGUUAUUACUUGACAUAGUUAGCCUAUCAAUAAAAGGUAUCAUGCUUUGCAGUUA